CUGAGGGUCCGCACAAGCGCGUGUAGAUGUUGUUGAGGUUAAACGCGUGACACAGACGCGUGUGUUUUACCUCAGUUUACACCUCUGUCACUCUCUCUGGUUUAUUUAAGCGUUUAAAGAGUAAAACUUUAGCACUGAUAAUGAUGCACAGCUCACAGAAAGACACGACUUACACGAAGAUCUUCGUGGGCGGUUUGCCGUAUCACACCACAGACUCGAGCCUGAGGAAAUACUUUGAGGUGUUUGGAGAAAUCGACGAAGCUGUGGUCAUCACAGACAGACAGACUGGGAAAUCCAGGGGUUAUGGGUUUGUGACGAUGUCUGACCGCGCAGGCGCAGAACGAGCCUGUAAAGACCCCAACCCUAUUAUAGAUGGGAGAAAAGCUAAUGUAAACCUGGCUUACCUGGGAGCCAAACCGCGGGUUAUUCAGCCAGGGUUUUCAUUUGGUGUCCCUCAAAUACAUCCUACAUUUAUCCAACGGCCUUAUGGAGAUAGUGAAGAUGAUCAAUCAUCAUUACUGUAUUCGUCCCCUUUCCGCCAGGUCAUGAGGAUUCCUGCUCACUACGUGUACCCGCAGGCGUUUGUCCAGCCCAGUGUGGUGAUCCCUCACAUUCAGCCGUCGGCCACCGCGGCAGCAGCUUCUCCGUACCUGGAUUACACCGGCGCCGCAUACGCCCAGUACUCGGCCGCGACUGCCGCCGCAGCUGCUGCAUAUGAGCAGUACCCGUACGCCGCCUCCCCGGCACCCACCGGUUACGUCGCUACAACCGGCUACGGUUACGUCCAACAACCUCUGGCUUCACCCGCGCCCGGAGCCACGGCAGCCGCGUUCAGUCAGUACCAGCCGCAGCAGCUGCCGACGGACCGCAUGCAGUGAUGUUUGCCGUCUCUGGUCCUGAUGCUGAGAAGAGCGAUCGUUUCUGACUGUCCCACAUUUACUGUGUUAGCCAAAGAGUUACAGGAGAGGAAAGAACUUUUUUAUUAUUUUGUUAUUGUUAUGAUUAUUACUGCUAUUUUAUUUGAAGUAUUUAAUAUUUAUUACUCAGUGUUAAAGCUAUAGCUCAAAUAUAGCAGUAUGUACUGCCAACUGACUGUCCAGCACUGUUUGAUACUCGUGUGAAGAAGUCACAGAUAUUUAGGUUGAGAAAUGUCACCACUGAUCUAUUAUACACACACAAAAAAAAUUAGAUCCCUAAAAUAAUGAUCUCUGAUCAAACACUGGGCCUUAAUACAGUCUUCUUAAAGGGACGGUUCACCCAAAAAUGAAAGUUCUGCGGUUAUUUAAAUAGAGAUCUCUAAUGGAGAGUUUGUACUGACCAUGUCUGUCACUAAAGUCUAUUCGUACUAUAUACAAACUGCAAAAAAAAUGACUCUCUUACUUAGUAUUUUUGUAUUCUUGUUUUCAGUACAAAUAAAUAAAAAUUCUUAAAUCAAGAUGCAUUUUCUGGAUGAGAAAAUAAAUCUAGUUUUUAGACAAAAUUAAUUAAGUGUUUAUAUGAAAAAUGUUAACUUGUUUCAAGAUGUUUUUUACCCCAUUGGCAGAUUUUUUUAAGCUUGUUUUAAGCACAAAUUUACUUAAAACUUGAUCUAUUUUUCUAAAAGCUAGACUUAUUUUUUCAGGUUAUUUUGUACUUCAAGAAAAUGCAUCUCUUGUUUAGAUAUUUGUACUGAAAACAAGAUAAAAAUACCAAGAAAGUCCCUUUUUUGCAGUGUACAAAAAAAUUCUUAGUAUUUUUCUUGUUUUCAGUAGAAUAUCUAAAAAUUCUUAAAUUAAGGUGCUUUUUCUUGAUGAGCAAAACAACCCAAGAAAAUAAGUCUAGUUUUUAGACCAAAAAUAUCAAAUUUAAGUGAUUUUGUGCAUGCAUAUGCAAAAAAAUCUGCCAAUGGGGUAAGCAAAAAAUCUUGAACAUUCUUCUUAAACACUAAAUUCAAGAAAAAUUUGCUUACCCCAUUGGCAGAUUUUUUAGCUUGUUUUAAUCACAAAUUUACUUAAAACUUGAUAUAGUUUUCUAAAAGCUAGACUUAUUUUUUUAGGUAAUUUUGUUCAAGAAAAUGCAUAUUGUUUUUUAUAUAUUUAUACAAAAAAAGGUAAAAAUUCUAAGAAAGUCCCUUUUUUGCAGUGUAGAGCGUUGUGAAAUAAUUCAAUGUCAUUGUAUGGGUAUGAGAUUACUGUAAGACUGCUUCAGGAUUUUAAUUCAAGUUGAUGAUCAGAUUAACAAAGAUGCACUGGGGUGUCAACUUUAAACAUCAUUGAUUCUCGCCUUCACAAACACACAUGAACAUCUCUUCAUAUGAUGCUUUUUUGACCAGCUGAUCAUUUUGAAACGGGCAUGUAAAUAUUCUUUAUAAUGUCACUCCUUUGUUCCUCUGAAAACAUCAGUGACAGAUUUUGAGGGUGAUUAUUAAAUUGUCAUUCUUGUGUGAACUGUCCAUGUAAUGCAACACAGGUGUGAGACAGAGAAAUGUCAGUCAUCUGUUAAUCACUUAAGUGUUAUAUUGUUAAUCGGCUGUUCACAUUUAUUGAUCUAUACAGCUGUGGUCUCUGUAUAAGCCUCAUAGAGUGGAACAGACAGACAGUCAUCAUCAUAUUGAUCUCAGCUGUGGAGCAGAUAAAGUGCCUUAAAGAUAAACAUACAAUAGUAUAUAUUUAUAUUGGUAUUUAUGAUAACGUUUGUCAAGCUGUUUACUGCUGAUCACAGUCAUUGAAGGUUUGUGUUCAUUAUGAAUCUCUGAUGUGACUUGAUAGCAGAACUGUGCAGCUAUGAAUACGAUACAAUCAAAUGUGACCUCUAUUAGCGUCUAAUACAAUUCUCUGUGCCUUACAUCAAAUAGUUAUUAUAUAACUGAUAAUCAUUUAGUAAUAUUUUAACUUGGUGAAUGGAGGUACAUUUUAUGUAUAACCUACUGAACAAAAUGAAGGCCAUUAACACUACUGA